UUGUCAACAGUGUUUGUAAAGCUCCUUGGCGCUUUGUUAUGGACCCGAGCCUUAACGAGGAAGACUUGUACUUGGAAGACAAAGACGUGGUUUUCAUUGACUCAGAACAAUGGAAAGACAUAAACGAGUUGGAAGGGGACGAACGAGAAGAAGUUGGCGCCAUGGACCUUGCUUCAGAUGAAGAGGAGCCUGUAGAACCAGCUGAUAAAGUUUCGUCUUCUGGAAAGGAAGGUUAUUUUACGUAUAUGUUGGAAAAUUAUUCAAAAACGACACAGAGUAAACUAGCUUCCCCUUGGAGAGAUGUGGGUGGUUAUAAGUGGAGAUUCUUGAUUUUUCCUCGGGGGAACCAAACCAAAACUCACCUUUCUCUUUAUUUAGAGUGUGGUGGUCCCGUUCAAAGUCUCCAGUGUUCCUGGGCUGCACACAUAUUUAGUCAGAGUGCAAAGUUCAAUCUUGUAUGCAUCAAUCAGGAGGACUCCUCCAAGAAUAUUGUAAAGAAUGCAGAGCAUCGCUUUACAGAUAAUGAAAGCGACUGGGGCUUUAAGGAAUUUAUCAAGUUAGAUACUCUUCAGCGCCCAGAAAAUUGCUUUCUGGUAGAAGACAGUGUCAUAUUUGGUGCUCAGGUUACCUUAGUAGCAGAUGCAGCAUUGGAAACCAACUUCUUUAGCUAUGAUUCACGCAAGGAGACUGGCUACGUUGGUCUGAAAAAUCAAGGGGCAACUUGUUACAUGAAUUCUCUUUUGCAGACGCUGUUUCAUUUGGGAGAGUUUCGAAGAGCUGUUUAUCGUAUGCCAAUAACAGUUUCAUUAGAUGGUUCACACCCAGAAGGAUUGACUUACGCACUACAAAGAAUCUUUUAUGAUUUGCAAUAUAGCCCUACUGUAGUAAAAACCAAGAAGUUGACGGAUUCUUUUGGUUGGGACAAUACUGAUGCUUUUACUCAACAUGAUGUGCAAGAACUCAAUCGCAUACUAUGUGAUGCAUUGGAAGAGAAAAUGAAGAAGGAAACUAACCAACAAAAUACUAUUCAAAUGUUGUUCGAGGGAAAAUUGUUGAAUUACAUAAAAUGUAUCCAUGUCCCUUAUGAAAGCACUAGAGUAGAGUCGUUUUAUGACUUGUCUUUGAACGUUCGAGGCUGUGCAGAUAUUUAUGAAUCAUUUGAGAAGUAUACAGAAGUAGAAAUUAUGGAAGGUGACAACAAAUAUCGAGCAGAAGGUUAUGAAGAGCUUCAGGAAGCCAAAAAAGGUGUCAAAUUUUUGACACUUCCUCCAGUUUUGCAGCUGCAUUUGAAGAGAUUUGAAUACGACUUUAUACGAGAUAUGAUGGUGAAAGUCAAUGAUAAGUUUAAAUUUUAUGAAACAGUUGAUCUUAAUCAAUUUGUGGAUACAACGGCAGCCGAGGAGCAAGGCAUUGACGUGGAAAGCAACAAUUAUGUAUAUGUUUUACACUCUGUUUUGGUUCAUGUGGGAGAUGUUCACGGUGGACAUUAUUAUGCAUUUAUACGUCCUCAACCAUUGUCGGAUCCCUCAACCUGGUUUAAGUUUGACGAUGAAACAGUUUUAAAGGCAGAUAAGACGCAAGCUGUGGAUGAUAACUUUGGCGUCGGAGGAGAUGAAGACGAAUCUCCAGAUAAGAAAGCUCUAAACGAUGGAUUAGGUCCGAUUCCUCCUCCAAAGCUGAAGCAGUCUAUGGUUAGACGGUUUGUUAAUGCAUAUAUGUUACAAUAUGUUCGAGUUGACAAAGUUGAUGAAGUAUUAUGUCCCUUAUCAGACGAUGACGUUCCAGUUCAACUUCGUGAACAAUUUGAAAAGGAAAAGGAAGAAGAAGCGAGAAGAAAGAAAGAAAGAAUGGAAGCCCAUUUGUAUUGUACUGUAGCAGUUGCAACCGAAGCCAACCUUUUAGCACAUAAAGAUCUAGAUUUGAUAGGAUUGGAAGGAAUGGACUCUUUUAAAGUGAGAAAGACUUCCACUUUGAAAGAUUUGAAGAUGCUCUUACAUAGCAAGAAGUUGGUGAAAGAUAUUUCUUCAGUGAGGCUAUGGAAAUGUAGCAAAAGCCACAGGAAUGCGCUUCGUCCCCAAUGCUUAUUAGCCAACGGAAAGGAUGAUCAUAUUAUUACCGAUACUAGUGAAGGUGUUCAUAAUGGUGUCUAUAUGCGUGUUCCUUAUGCUGGGCGUGAAUCUAUGUUGGAUAAUACUCGUUUGUUUGUAUUCGUAGAAGAUUUAUUGGUGAUGGAUGGUCGAAGUGUAAGGGCCAAAGUAUUGAAUGAGAAGAGCUUGACAGGCAAUUAUUCAGUUGUAUUGAAUAGUGAUGAAGUUUUUUUGUUUUUUAAAUACUAUACACCGUUUCCUGUUCCUAUGCUUUCCGUUGUUGGCAAACAAUUGAUGAAGCUACGGGAUACUGUUGGGGAUGCCUUAGCAGUGGCUAAAGAAUUUGUAGGAAUCGAUGAAGAUGAAUCUGUUUUUAUUUUUGAAGAAAAACUGGGCCGAAAAAUUCCUCGUUUAAAUGACAUGUCUCGUAAUUUGAUGAGUUGUGAAUUGAAACAUGGCGAUAUUAUUGUCAUUCAGAAAGUUCCACCAGCUGCAAAUGAUGAAAGAGUAGUUUCUUUACAGAGAGCGGGAGGACGAUACUUGCCAACCUUUUUGGAAUAUAUUGAUUAUUUGUGGCAUCGUAUAGAAGUUGAAGUUAGAAAUGCGAAAGAUCCUCUUGGUCCUGCUAUUACAGUGGAACUAUCAUCCAAUGACUCUUACGAUAACGUGAGAAGAAGGAUUGCGAAUAGGAUUGAUUCUACUUUGGAUCCGGAGUACUUACGAUUUUAUCCCCCACAACUUUAUACUCCUGGACCUAGAAACUACCCGAUUACUCCAGAAGAGAGGCAUCUUACUUUGGAUGGUAUUCUUCGUUUGGAUUCUCGAACCCCUCUUCCGAGACUUUUAUAUUAUGAGCGAACUCGUUAUCCUUCUUCAGAAUACGAUCAUAAGGAAGAAGUUCUCGUGACUUAUUAUGAACGGAAUGAAGACGAUAAUAACUUUGGAAAUAAAGUGAACAUGAAUGGAGAGGAAGAGCAUCGACUGGGGCGUUCCAUGAAAGAAGAGGAAGAAGUGGAAGAACAACAAGGCGUGAAAUCAGAAACGACGCAUUUUGCUUAUCUCAAACAUUUUAGCGUUUUGAUUGCGCGAGAUCUUACCUUUCAUGAUUUGUUACGUCUCGUUCGAAAGUAUCUUAAGUUGGAUGAUUCUAUUCCUUUGCGUUUGUUAGAAGUGAAGGGACAUUUGAUUAUUCGUAUGAUAUCUCCAGGGGAGGCAUUAAGAUUUCCUACUUAUCCUCAUGAUCGCUUGGAAGUUCGAGUUGAACGCAUUCCUUCGGAAGAAUUGAAAAGUGACACUAGGGAUACCGUCUUAGUUCCGGUGCAUCACAUAUGUAAAGAAAAUAGGUAUGUUCGGUUACCUGAGUUGUUUGGUAUUCCAUUUGUCAUGCGAGUUUCACUAUCUGGAGAAUCUGUGAGUCAGUUAUUGAGACGAAUCGGUGAAUACUUGAAAGCCAAGAAAGAUGAGAUAAAGACAUGGAAGUUGUAUGAAAUCAGAGAUGGAUUAUUUUCUUCAUUAGAUGAUAUGGACAAGUUGUGGAAUCCAGAGCCCUUAUCGGAUGAUCGUGGAGAGUUUUCGGUUUCUUUGGGUUUGGAACAUAAGGAUGAAAACGCGAAACGCUGGCAAUCCCCUUUUCCGAAACCUUUUUCUGACAAACCUUUGAAGAUCCGCGGUUGACUAUUUGUUUUUCAUGAGAGAGGAUGAUUCCUUGUCUUGUUUUUGAAAGUAGUAUAAAACGACGGAAUAUAUUUCAUAUGUACAAA